ACAGACAAAGCAAAAAACACGACCUACAUAUAACGAAGGAUAACGUCAAGAGCAAUUGCAGACCAUUACCACAACUUCGUCUGUACAUCGUCUGCUAUUUCCUUCACACGUCAAGGUACAAGGAUGCGGUUCGAGAUUGUAGUCACCCUGAGCAUUUUUGUAACAACAUUUGGACAAACCACUCCACCAACCCAGGUACCUUGUGGUGUUCCUGUGAUACAGCCGGUAACCACCAGGAUUGUCGGCGGAACUACUGCUGUGCCAGGAUCCUGGCCAUAUGUCGUUAUGAUAACGGACCCCCAGGGCUACAUCAUUGGGUCUGGGGCCAUACUCCACCCUCACGUAAUUCUGACCGCCGCACAAAACUUCGUUCUGCCGGGUUUCGUUGUUUCUGAACAAACUCUGCACUUAUGGAGGUUAUAUGCCGGAGAAUACAACAUCAGCACUAGCGAUCCGCACGAGAAAUUCUACCACAUUCAGCGCAUACUUAUCCAUAAAAACUACAGCACGUCCACCCUGGAAAAUGACGUGGCUCUCAUCCUGACAAGAGAACCGAUCGUAUUUAACGACCACACCCGGCCAGCUUGCCUGCCGGAUUCCAGCCACACGUACACAGCUGGCGAGGUCUGCUAUUUGGCAGGAUGGGGAAGCACUCGCAACACGGGUGAUGAGGAGGUAAUGAACCAGGUCGACAUGCCGAUCCUGGCCGACUCCGUGUGUGCCGGGCACUGGGACGACUUUCUACCCGAUACCGAGCUAUGUGCCGGACAUGAAAACGGCGGGAAGGACUUCUGCGAGGAUGAUAUUGGAAGCCCUCUGAUGUGUAAAGAUUCAAACGGUGCCUGGUACAUUCAGGGCCUUGCGUCGUCAGGGGGUAACUGCACGUUAGCGAAUGAGCCUGGUAUCUUCGAGGAUGUAAGCCAAUACACGGACUGGGUCAAGGGGGUGAUGACCGCAGCCGGCUACGACUAUCAAUACUAA